AUGCAUGGUCGGAGCGCUUUUUCUCAGGUCACGAUGACCGUUAAUCCAUCGCUUCAUACUCCUUGUGCGGCCACUUCGCCUACAUUUGAUUUCUUCAACUCGGGCUGAAAUUAUUCUUAUGAUUUAUAUUUUAUCAUUUUUUGUUAGUGUUUGUCUUGCUCAACCACCGAUUCCACCUCCCGAACGUCCUGGUAAAUUGGAAGCUAUGAAAUUUAUUUACUGCCUCUGAUCUUUUUUCAGAAUGUUCAGCAGCAUGGCAAUCGCCGGAUUUAACAUAUGUGCCGUCGAUUACUCAGUGUAAUGAUUAUACCGCAGGUUCAUUUUUUUUGGAAUUCAGAAAUCAAUGGAACAAACUUUCAGGAAAUGGUGUCCCAUGCACUCCGAACAAUCCAUUCACUUGCACCGGGAGAAAUCCUUUCUGUGCGACCGCAGGAGACCGGCAGUUCAAAUGUUGCAGUGAUAUCAUCCAAGUUAUCUUUUUCCCUUCUGAUCAUAUAAAUUCUAGUAUUUUUAAGGAUUCCAUAGAAAUUGAGAAACUGACGCCUGAGCAGAUCAAACCAAGUAAAGUUUAUGCCAAUCGUCAUCGUUAGAUUUGAUUUACAGUUUGUCCCGCGGGAGCGAUUGCAUAUAAAAUGCCGCACGUGAUGUUAUGUGAUCCGGCGAUUGUCAACAUCUGUCCUUAUGACUAUAAAGUUUUUUUUAUUUCUAAAGUUUGGACGGAAAUUUGUGAUUUUUUUAGAAUCGACUUUUUAUUGAUAAUUUUCGAAUCAAAACUCAUGAGAAAAAGUUUUUUUCUGAUAUUAAACUAUCUGGUGAUCAUUUAUCAUUUUCUUGCGCGAACUUCAAGUUGAGUUUCUCAAGUUCGGACACUCAUUCCAGCCCUCAUCUUUUUAUAAAUGUGCUUUUAAAAAAGAAAGUUUUUGCUUUGAAUUCGCGUAGAUAGAAACUUUCAAGAAUUUCCAUGUGGACCAUCAAAAAGUUUUGCGGCGAAAUGAAAGAAAUCUCCGAAAUUCGUAAGAAAAUGAUCUCUUUUGUGAAAAAAUUUGUCUAAGAGGCUCUUAUUUUUAGUGCGUAGAAGCUUCUAACGGUCAUCUCUUACCACCAGAUGGACGAUCAUUAUGCUGCAAAACUUCGACUCUCUACUCCUUCGCCUCGGUUUUUGGCGAAGCUAAAAUUUCUCCACGAAUUGUGCCGAAUCCUCCUUUGACAGCAAUCGAAUACGUAACCUUAAUUUAGCCUCACAUCAGACUGCGAAAAGUUUAGGUCACUUUGAACGUCCACACAUCGGCAACGAUGCACGCGCCGGAAAUUAGAAUUGGCGAUCAUUUUGUCCUUUCUCCUUACAAGCUUUAUGAGCCCGCCUACUUGAAAACAGUUAAAUUACACACAGAAGUUGUCCAUGGGUCUUAUAUGCAUGUGCUGCUGUUUGGUGAGCCAUGCGAAGAUCUCAAAAAUGAACUCUUCAGAUCCCUUAUCCACCACUGAGACGAUGCAAUUUUAUUAUGACAGGCCCUCUAAAGAGGGUAAAACAAUCAACUUAGAUGAUCCAAUUCCUGACGGAGGUUCAACAAAUUCAAUGAAUUAAAAAAAGCUUUUUUCAGGUUUCUUCUCAAAAAGGAUUUUUAACGCAGCACCCAUAACAAAUAUAGAAAACCCUCAGCGACCGGGUCCUGUGAAGGAAUGUGAGUAAUUCAAAGUUUCCUUUCACGUUAUUUUUCAGUCCGCAAGCUGUGGGUUGUUCUCGUUUUCAAGACAGUGAAUCCAAUAACUCGGCUUUACGUUUCGGUGACCGUCGACCUUCAUUCCAAAUACAAGACAGUUUCUGAGUUUCUGCGUUCCGACACUGGACGAAUGCUAGGAACACCUGUGGCUGGAACUUACUUUUAUGUAAGUUUGACUCUAAUUUAAAUAAUGAUAAUCAACUUAUUGCAGCUCACCACAGAUUGAAAGAAAAGCUUCAAUCGAAAAAUUGUACACUUUCAAUUAAUUUUUAUUUUGAAAUACUGAUAAAAUUAUUAUUGUAGAGCGCGAGAUAAAGCAGCAGUUACAAAACAAAAAAAUGAAAGAACUGAUGUGAAAGUUAUUAACAAAAGCUCUCAUCAGACCGAAAGGCGAAGGUUUUUCGAGUGAAUGAUAGUUUCUUUUCUCUGCGAAAAUUGGAACUCAGUUAUAUCAAAAACCCAACGGGAACUCAGGGAAGUCAUCAAAGUAAUAUAAAAGAUUUGAAUGAACACUUCUUCUUGUAUUAGAUGAACCAUUGUCAAAAACGUUUUUUUUUUACUUAAAAGUUGUAUUUUUCACUCAUUCUACCAGUUUUCACUCGAAAAUUUGUCCGGUCGCCACAAAUUAGGUUUAACGAAACUAUCUCCACAGAAAAUUCGAAAAAAGACCUACACCCUCAUAUUUUAGAAAGUUAAAGGAUCGAUCAAAACGUUGUAAUGCCUUUGUUUCAAAUGAGGAACAGCGUCCUUCUUAAACAUUGUUUCAAACCUAAAGCGAACAAAUCUAAAAAAGGCUCACGACAGGCGUUUUAACAGCGGCGUGACAAGUGGAAGAUUGUUCGUCGAUACGCACGUUGGAGCAGUGCUUCAGAUGUCCCCAGAGGAACGAUGGGCGGCGUGAAACUAAAAUGUGUCAUCUUUUGUCUUCACGGCCUGGAGAAGAGCCGGACGGACGAACGAUAGUGUGCUUUGGAGCAUCAAUUCCAGGGCUCCAAGUCCCGCCCCCUUUGUAUAUCCGCUUCGUCGGGAGGACCUCGCGCCUCUUGGCUUCGAACAUUUGAACACAGCUUCAAGUGUUUCUUGUCGCUUUUUGUUGAUAAUUUUUUUUUCUUGUUGUUUUCUUCGAUUUUAUGAGUUAUUCAGAAAGUUUUUUCCCUCAAAUCAUCGUUAAGAAUGAAUUUUCCAGUAGUACUUCCGUUUACAUAAAGAUCAUGUUAGAUUAAAAGAGCCGCAAUAAAAAAAACAUCUUCGCUAAAAUGGCCUGAUAUUUUUCACCUCUGUUUCAAGAAAUCUUGUUUUCUGAGCUUGAACCCAAUUUUUGAUUUGACAUAAAAUUUUAUUUAAUGGUUCUUCUGCGUUUGAUACUUUUUUUUGAAUUACCUUUCAGAGGCCAAUAACUUCUUUGCUAACAAGUUUUUCCGUUCUACUGCAAGAUCGGAAACUUUUUUCAUGAUUAUCCUGCCAAGUAUAUCCUUUUUUUUCAUAAAACUAAAAUUUCACCUCAUCGGAGAACAAUUUUCGAAACUAUUGUGUUUGUAAAAUAAUUCAAAUUUCGACUCGAUUAGCUAAAAAAAAGUUGUUUCAGAUGACAAGCAGACUGGUUUUAGUGUUAGCUUUCGGGUUCAUAUUUGCAGGAUUUGUUUAUUGCAAUCAAGAUGAUACAUACACGACAGAUUCAAAUCAAGAGGAAAAUAGAGAAAGCUCUGCGGAUUUCAACAAAUCUCAAGGUUAAAUUUUUUGAAUUUUCGAAGAAAAACCCUCAAAAAAUUCAAAGAAAAAAAUUGAUAAAUUAUCGCUGUAUAUAAGACUUCGACUUUUCAUUCAACAUUGUCAGUUUAAAGAAUUCCAUUGCUUUGAUGGACAUCAUGAAUGAUUCACGUCUCCAAAUACUUCAGAAUUUUGAAUGAAGCUCUGGAUUCCCUGCAGUAGUUAUUCGAAAGAUUGGGCUUCUCAAACAAGCCAUUUUUGCGUUAUUUUGGUUUUCUCUUCUCUCAAUUAUUUUUUUUCUCUCCAAAUUUUUCACAUUAAGUAGCUUUUUUGACAAAGAAAGACGACUGGUCCAAAUCCUCAAAAAUAUGUUAGUUCGGUUCAUUUGGUUGGCGUUCCUCCGAAGAAAAAUGGAAAUGAUGCCGUUCAUUUCCUCUUUUUCUGCUGCAUUCCAUCAAAAACGGCUACUUCCAUAUGAACGAGGCGGAGCUCUGGAAAUGUGAACUUCAGCUGAAAAAGCUGGAACUUGGAAAAAGAGAGAUUCUUAAAACAGAUUAAGCUGAGAAGACAAAACUUUACCAAUGGUUGAAGAUAAGCAAAAAUAGAAGAUUAAGAGAAGCCGUACUUGAUUGAUAGGUUGAAAUUUUUCGGACCUUCAUGCGAAUGGGUAAUUUAAUAUUUUUGGACGUUCAAUAAGUUUUUUUGGUCAGAAUGAAACCGACUUUUUUUUUUGAUACAGAAAACGGUGUUCCAUUUUUUUUUCAAUGAGCUUUGUUUUGAAUGAAGUAACCGAUUUUUUUUAACUGUGAACUUCAGCUGAAAAAGCUGGAACUUGGAAAAAGAGAGAUUCUUAAAACAGAUUAGGCUGUAGAGAAUUUUCAUCUUUUUACAAAUAAUACGGAACAUUUUUUUCAAGUUACCAAUCAGAAGUUGAAAGUCUAGAACUGAGUCGAAUGUAGUGAAGACGUCGCAGUUUUACAGAGCAAAUUGAAGUCGGAGAAGACGAGGACCGACUUGUGAUUGACUUGUUUCGAGAGUACAACUUUCUCAUUCGGCCUGUGCGCAACGUCAGCAGGUCGGCAUUUUUUUUAGAAAAAUUUCAAGGAAAGUAUUUGAAAAGUUGAAUUGAAGAUUUGGUGAAGAAUCAAGAUUUUUCUUUUUUUGAAAAGUGUUCCGGACACUUGCUGAUGUGAGUCCUAGAGUAUGAACCAAAAAAAUAACUACUUUUUUUAAAGGUUCAAAAUAAAUCGAUGGCUUACAAACAAAAGGGACUUACAAAAUUCAUCAAAAUGUGCAGAUCUGAAUUUGAAAAGUUUCACACGUAUAUGUUUUUGUCUGAAGCAAUUUACAAAAUAAUGAAUUUAACAAGAAAUUUUCCUAGUAUUUCAUCUUCCUUUAUUUUCCAGUCCACCAGUAACCGUUGAAUUCGGCGUCGCCAUGAUUCUUCUGAUCAACGUGGUGAGCAGAAAAAAUCUCGUUUCGAGUUAAAGUUGCAUUUUGAGGACGAAAAAAACCAAAUCCUGCAGACGAACGUUUGGCUAACAAUGAAGUGGAACGACUUUCAGUUGACAUGGAACCCUUCGGAGUAUGGUUAGUUCAUUUGCAUACAACGUUGCCCUAGGGGAGUUUUAAUCAACAGCUCAUUUGAAUUCGUCUGACGAGCUCUUUGAAGAAACAUAACGGAAACGGAAAAAUUGCGCCUUCUUCUCGAAACGGAACACGUUUUCAAUAACCCAAAAUAGUUCUAGUCCAAUCUUGUUUUUUAUGAAUAAAUACAAAUUGCCAAUUUGCGUCGACACACAAAAACAACACGUUAAGCCGGAACAAUUGGGAAAAUUGAAUUCUUUGUUUUGUCGUGUAAUUCAGUUAGCGGUUUUUUUUUCAGGGAACAUCUCUAACCUGCAUGUGCCUUCAGACCGAGUCUGGCUGCCGGACAUCGUCCUUUUCAACAAGUGAGCUUCUGAAGUUCCGCUUUCUUUCUAGCUUGGACUCUAUUUUGAUUCUACUCCGAGGUCUUGACACCUCACAAAAGUUGGGCAGCCAUUCAAUUGUGUUGCGCAGCGGGAGCGACGGCAAUCAGAGCGCCUCCCAAAUCUUAUAAACUCGCGUCCGUCGGCAUUCCUUCAGGCAACCUUAGGCGUUAAUUUGCUUUGUAGUGCCUCAUUUGUAUUUUCUGCCAGCUGAAACGAUUUGCUGAGAAUGAAACAAUAGUGGGAGACAGAAAUUAUGAUUUCACCAGGGUGUUGCGUUAUUCAUCAAAAAAAUGUUUUUCUUUUUUUCUUUGAUAUUUUGAAGACUCCCAAGUUUUUCAAUUCGUAUUGCUAUAUACAGAAAAAGCCAGAUGAUUUCAUAUUCUUAGGAAGAAUAAAACUAAAAAAUGUCAAUUUAUUUGCAAAUGCCCUCCUUUAAGAAUAGGCAGUAAAAUAGUCACGAAUAUUUAUCCAAGAGGUCAAAAGAGUUUUCGAAUAACUGUGAAAGUUUUCAACGGAAAUCUGGCUUCACUUUUUUUCAGAGCUUAGCGUUUCUAUCAGAGUUCACUCGGUCUAAAAUCAAGUUUUUUUGAUUCGUGUUUAUUAAUUUUUUUCGUUGUUCAAAAAAAUAAUCAAAAAAAUAACUACAAAAAAAUAUCAAAAAUCGAUGAGAAAAGUGCUAGAAUUGACAAACAAGGGAAAACGCGGGCAAUUACGUUCCGACAGCCAUCAAUCGUCGAGUCGACCACGUUUUCAACGGCUUGACCCCAAGGCGUAGUUAAGGCUUGCACGGAAGGGCUCAAUUAACAUGGUCGCGUGUCUGAAGAAAUUAAAGCCAAGUUCUUCAAAAGAAAAAAAUUCGAACAGAACUGGAAUUGAAAGAGAUAUUUUCUCAUGAGAAGCAAGAAUCUCCUCGAAAUGAUCAUUACAGUGCCGACGGUAACUACGAAGUUUCAUUCAAAUCGAACGUUUUCGUCGAUAGUAAUGGUGAUGUGACUUGGGUACCUCCUGCGAUGUUCAAAAGUAGUUGCCGGAUUGACGUGGAAUGGUAUAACAUGGAUGAAGUUUGUUCUCAUUCCAAUUUCAAGGUUUCCAUUUGACGAACAAUGUUGCACCUUGGUUUUUGGCUCAUGGACCUACAACUCUGAAGAAGUGAGACUUCAUUGGUAUAAUAACAUCCAAGCGGUGCAAUUAACGGAUUAUUCAUACUCUGGAAUCUGGGAUGUCAUCGGUAAGUUUUUCAUGUGCAGAAUGAAAAACUGAGAAACGCAAAUCAGAUGUUCCUGGCCAUCUGGUGAAUCGCGCUGAGACCAAAGAAAGCAAAAUGGUCUUCAACGUCGUUAUUCGAAGGUUCACACAUUAUUCAUUCAAACUUGAACUGCAAUUUCAGAAAGACGUUAUUCUACACUGUUAUUCUCAUAAUCCCUACAGUGCUGAUGGCUUUUUUGUCAGUCAUGGCCUUCUAUCUCCCCGUGGACUCUGGCGAAAAAAUUUCACUUACAAUCUCUCUGUUGCUAGCUCUUGUCGUGUUUUUGUUGCUGGUUUCAAAGGUUCUUUUCCAUGUCUUUCUUUCCAAUUUUUUGUUCCUGCAGAUCUUGCCUCCAACAUCGAACAUUCCUCUCAUGGGAAAAUAUUUGUUAUUGGCUUUCGUUCUGAAUAUCAUAGCUGUCGUUGUGAGUUUGCUUUGUUUUCUUGCUUCCAAAAACGAAUUACGUCAAAAAAUGUCUGAAUUUGACUGAUUUUCAACGAGGUCCCCUCAAAAUUUUUCCUUUUUUGAAAAAAGAGAUGUAAAAAGCAAUGUUUUUCAGGUCACGGUUUUGAUAGUGAACAUUUAUUUUCGAAGCGCGCUUUCUCAUCAAAUGCCAGUUUGGGUGCGAAAAACGUUUCUUGAGUUUUUGCCACAUCUUCUGGUUAUGAAGCGACCAGAAAGAAUCCCUAUUUUCAACGGUUACUUUGUUGAAGAAUAUUGUGCUUCUGAAAUCUUCGAUGCAAGUGAGUGAAGUCUGAAUUUAGACGGUAUUCAAAAGUAUUUCUUCAGGUCUUGUGAUGCCUUCGAUGACGGCUACAAUAGUGCCUUUCCUCCAAGUUGCCCCUUUAACCAGCAUGCAAAAUCUGAAUAGCGCCACCAGCUCUUCUUCAGAAACUCAACAUCAUGAAAACUGCUCGAAAUGGAGAAAACGCCUCUCCAGAAAAUUGUCCAAUAAGCAUAGAAAAGUUCCUCAUGUACAGGUAUCCUUCUCAUAUUGGUCUCCAUCAAAAUUGGAAAAUCUACAUCAGCAGUUGUUUUGAGAAGAAAACAAAAUUUUUUACAAACCUUCUCUGAUUUUUUUGAGCAAGUUUAUAAAAUAAGUGAAAGGUCUUUUGAAAGCUCGUUUUUGAAAAGAAUUUUCUUAAUCAAGCUAAGGUUCAUUCUCUGGUCAGCGAAAUAAUUUAUUAUACGAGAUUUUUAGUUUUUUUUUUUCACAUUUGUAGUGAACAAGUUUCAUCUUGGUUAUAUGUAGUCCUCAUAGGGAAUUUUCGUAAAAUUGCCUUUUUUUACGUGAUUAACUUAUGAUUUUCAUUUUUAUCUGAGCGUAAGUGAAGGGGAUACGCACUUUUUCGUUUUGAAUACGAAAAGACAAGUUCUCCAUGUCCUCUUUUCCUGAAAUUUGAUUUGAUUUUGAAAAAGAGUUCAGGCUAAAAUCGAGGAAGACGAGCAGGAGACGUUCGUCGACGACACAAACGGAAAUCACGUUGACGCUCUCCACGAAAAAAUCAGCAAAGAAAUGAAGACGACAGUGGAGGCGAUCGCCUACAUCGCUGAGCACAUGAAGCGAGAAAUGAGCUUGAAAAAAAGGUACUUGAAAAAAAUUUGCAUUAAAAAAAGCACUUUAGAAAAAUUUUUUCUUCAUGAAAACCAAAGAAUCACUUGCAGAUGAGAGACGAUUGGAAGUAUGUGGCAAUGGUACUUGACAGACUUCUGCUGCUUGUAUUUUUUGGCGUUACUUUGGGUGGAACACUGGGAAUCAUUUGCUCAGGCAAGUACUGAAAGAAAGAAAUUUCGAAAAGUCCAUUUUUCAGCCCCCCACGUGUUUGAUUUCGUGGACCAAGAGAAAGUAAUCAAGCAACUUAACGCAAAAUAUUUGGGUGGAAUUUGA